AUGCCCGGCCUCCUCCAUUGCGCCGACGCCCGGCCAAGGCGCGACAGGCAGCUGGACCUGGCCUGGUGCCUGCGCCUGCCGUCGCCGAACGUUAACGGCGACGCCCUCGACCGCUGGAUUACGGCGGAGAAACGGCUCGCCUUCCAGGACACCCUCCGCCCAGAGCACCUCGCCGACUUGUACAUAACCCUUCCCACGCGUGACGGGACGAGGGCCUCUGCGAACGCGCGUCGCACGAACUCUGCGGCCACCCCGGCCCACGGCGACCCGCUCGGUUACGGCCACCACCUCGUCUUCUUCCACCCCCGGAACCCGGAGUCCGUCCUCCGCCCGGACGGCACGGACGCAGAGCUCUGUCCACCCGAGCCGUUUACACGGCGGAUGUGGGCGGCGGGCCGGAUGGAAUGGAAGAGGCCGCUGUACGUGGGCGACGCCGUGAACGCGCUCUCCUCCGUGGACGAGGUCACCAAAAAGGGCUUCGACUCCGGGCAGCACGCGCCCAUGGUGUUCGUGAAACAGCGGAUCGAGUAUCGGAGGCUCACCGGAAACGAGCUGUGCGUGACGGAGGAGCGGGUGCACGUCUAUCUGGCAAUUGCGGGCGAGAAGCGGGCUGCGAGGAAAGUCGCGGACUUACCUGCGCCGGAGUUCCAGUUCGAGUGCAUCCCUUCUCCAACCACUUUGUUUCGGUUCUCCGCUUUGACGUUUAACGGGCAUUACAUCCACCUCGACAAGACAUACGCCCAACAGUUUGAAGGCUACCCAGAACGGCUCGUCCAUGGCCCACUGACCGCCUUGAUGCUACUGGAAACGGCCGCUCUUCGUUUCCCGAACCGCGCCUUCAAGACAUUCGACUACCGAGCCGUCAAUCCGAUUGUUGUUAACCAACCAGUGCGGAUAUGCCUCGGACCAGAGGAGGGAGGGAGGGUGCAAGCAUGGGCAGAGGUGGGAGUGGAUCAGCCCGUGGUAGGAAUGGUUGGGGCCAUUACUCUUGCAGAUGUAUGA